AUGCAUUUACUUUCAACAUCAGCCGUCGCCUCUACAUUAGUCUCUGCUAUAUGCCUCGCGGAUGCAAUCCAACCUCCCACACCUCUCUCCCCAUGGAGCGGCUGCGUUCCAUAUGGGCCACUUGUGCCUCGUCCAACCGAUCUGGGGAAAGCUAAAAUUAUUCAGGAUGCAACGGCAAACCUGAGUCAGGCUCUUGACGAUGCUUUAGCUGGAAAGAUAAAGGCCGGCUUUGACGUGGACCAAACUUCGUUUUCAAUCGGAUUCAUAUCCCCACAGAAGGGGAACGCAACUCUUGCACGCAGUGGCCUUAUUUGGUCAUACCAUCACCUUGGGAAGAAUAAUGUGAACGGAACCAAGGUCGCCGAUGAAAAUUCGCAGUAUUUGAUCGGAUCGGUGUCCAAGUUGUUCACAGACAUUCUGCUACUGAAGUCAAACAUCAAUUUGGAUGACCCUAUCACCAAAUAUUUACCGACUCUUCAGGGAACUCAGUCGCUGAUCCAGUGGGACAAUAUCACCCUCUCGGCUUUGUCAAACCAUUUGGCAGGAAUACCUGCAAAUCUUCCUUCAUCGUUCGAUUACUAUUUUCUGCAUUCAGCUUACGAGCAGCUUGGGUUUCCUGUUAUUAGCAAUGCAAGCUACCCACCAUGUGGAGUAACAGGCCUCAACCGCGCAUGCAAUCAAACACAGAUACUUGAAAUGAUGCGCAGUGCUCUGCCUGUGCAGCCACCCUACGGCCAGCCAAUAUAUUCCUCUGCAGCUUUCACGCUACUUGGUUUAGUUUUGGAGUCCCAAACCGGCAGAACGUACAGACAGAUGCUAAAUGAAACAUUAUUUGGUCCGCUCGGUCUGACAAACACGGGUGUAUCCCCAGGAAUAUAUGAACCAGCCGUUAUUCCUCCUCUGCCUGCUGCGGAGCAAGGAUGGGGAGCAGAUUAUGGAGCCAAUGCCCCAGGAGGUGGCCUCUAUUCUUCUCUGAGCGACCUUUCAAUUUUGAUGAGCAGAAUCUUAGACUACACUAUACUCGAUACCCCAGACGAAGUUCGCCAAUGGCUUAAGCCACAGUCAAUGACAUCUUCAAUUAACAAUCUUGUUGGUCGACCAUGGGAGAUACAGCGAACAGAGAAUCUAGUACCCGAAAAUCCACACACCGUCGACAUAUUUGCGAAAAGUGGAGGUGCAUCGGGCUAUGUGGCCCAAUUUUCGGUGGUCGACCAGUAUGGAGCUGGCUUUGUUGUUUUGACUGCGGGUCCAAGAGCAGCGCCGACUGCGUCGAUCCUCAACGAAGCCAUCAUCUCAACUCUCAUCCCUGCGAUUGACUCGGAAGCUCGUCGACAGGCCGAGCGAUAUACUGGAACCUUCGCUCCUGUGUUUUCUAUCAGCACAGAAACAGCGGACCCAGACUUUUCCCCCAAAUUAGUGCUAUCCAUGGACAACGGAACAGGAAUCAAGAUAGACUCCCUAACAAGAAGCGGAUCUGACAUACUGGGAGGUAUCCAAAAGAUCUGGGCCGCAGUUCUGCCCCAAGUUGGGAUUUUGAAUCCAGAUAUGCGCAUCUACCCAACUGAAAUCGAACGAGUAGCCGAAGGCGAAGAUGGUGUGGUCCUUCAGGACUGGCGAAUCAGCUUCGAUAUCGUGCCCUCUGACAACGCUGCUAUUACCGAUCUGCCAGGACAGGGGAAACUGUCGAAGAUGUGCUCCUCUUGGCAAACCAUCGACUGGCUCUAUUAUGGUGGCAAAUCACUCGACCGGGUUGUCUUCAAGGUCAACCAGACUGACGGGGCUGUACUUGGAGUUAAUAUUCCGUUUUUACGAAGUGGGCUGCUUGGGAAAAUGUGA